GGAAAACAGGUCACGAGCAGUCAGCUGGGYGGUUACGUCAUAUCCGGUGCCAGUCUGACAGUUCAGUUUAGCUCUCAGCGCUCAGGCAGUGGGAGAAACCCAGAAGUCUCCUGAACAACAACAUGGCUCUGAAUCGGAAUCAUUCACARAACGGCGGCGUUUUGAUAAACAACGGAGAAUGCAUUGUAAGGGACUGUAAGAAUGUGGAGCUGUCCUUCAGCGAUGUCACCUGCAAGACAGAUCUGCUGAAGGGGACCAAGAAGGGCAUCGUUUAUCUAACACCAUACAGGCUUUUGUUUGUGUCCAGUAAUACCAAGGACUGCCUGGGUUCGGCCAUGUUCCCUUAUUACCUAAUGAAAGGCUGCAGCAUCGAGCAGCCAGUGUUUGGAGCCAACUACAUAAAAGGGACUGUGUCGGCUGAACCAGGCGGUGGCUGGGAGGGUCAGGCCAAUUUCAAAAUGUCGUUYCCCAGUGGAGGAGCCAUUGAGGUGGGACAGCACCUCUUCAAACUGGCCACAAAUGCUUCUCGCGCCGCUCCGGCUCAGAAUGGUGCUGCUUCCUAUGGUUACCCUUCACCUGGAAUGAUGAAUGGUUAUGGUCCACCUCCACCUGCUCCGAACGGCUACCCCUCCCCACCCCCUCCCCAGCAGAAUGGAUUCUACCAGGGUCCUCCUCCUGCUGCUGGUAAUAUGGGCUAUCCUUAUCCAGCAGCAGCAGCAGGAAUGUACCCAUCUGGGUUUGACUACAUGGCCCCGCCUCCUCCGUAUCCUGGGCCACCACAGAAUUGGAAUCCACCACCUCAGAACUGGGCUUCUGCACCUCCUCCUCCUGGUAACUCGAAAGCGGCCGAAGCAGCAGGCAGUGCAUAUUAUAAUCCCAGCAAUCCUCACAACGUCUACAUGCCCGCGGAGCGGCCUCCUCCAUAUGCACCUAAUCCAGACUAUCCUGAAAAGAAGAACAACUGAGACUCACCGACACUCCUGUUUUUUUUUUUUCCCCUCUCUGAUUUCCUAAAUCUGUUUUAGAACGAGGCGAAACUUUGAUGGACUCGAUGAAACACGGACGAGUCACACGGGGCUGAAAGAUGUCAACCAUAUUAAACACAGAAUCAGUGAAACACUCUGCACAUUCCUUUGCUCUCGCUUUUCUUAAACUCUUUAUUAAUAACAUUCUCAGCCAUGUGAUUAUGUCUUUUCUGAUUCUCUAUAACAGGUAGGACCUGAACUGCCUCUUGUUUGAAAUUUAAAGCAAGAAUCUUUUAUUUUAUUUUUUCAGAGUGGAUUUCUUACCAAAACAUUUUGUACCCAUUUAUUCAUCGCGRUUCUUGUACUUAUUAAUGAGAUAAAUCUUCUACAUGUAGUGAAGUAUCAUAGAAAGCACCUUGUCKUUUUCAGUUUUUUUUUCUUUUUUAGUUUUUGUCCAAAAACUAGUUUUAAUAAUGUUGCAAUAACAGACUGAUUAYCAUACUUAAUAGUAAUUAUGUCAACAAGUUUUCCUUCGUCUGUGAUCAGUGUGAUCCUGCACUCGGUCACAUUAGAGCUUAAAUAACUCAUAUUUGAUCCAUCUGUAUAGGAUGGAUUGUCCUGGAAAGAAGUAGUUUGAUGGGGGAUAUUAGAAAGAUUUGUUGGUAAACAUGCGCACGCUUUGUUUGAAGUCUCACACACUGAUGGUGAAGAGGUACCUAAAUGAACCUGCGCUGUAUUCCUGUGAACAAAAGCCAAGCUGAAACCAGAACUUUACUCCAUCAGUAGUUACACUAAUGUGGGUCACAGGGCCSCAGCAAUGUUUCUGGGGGCCCUUCAGUGUUUUGCUUGCUGCUGAUAAUUCUGAAAACAGCAUUUAYAUAUUAAAGAGGGGGCGAGGGGUCAACAGCCUCCUUAAUGCRCCUCAGUUAUUUGGAUUAUUUGCACACAGACGUAGUGGGUAGAAGGAAAGGGGUGGGGAGAGUAAUUUGCCUGAUUUAAUUAAAUUUCUGUAUAUUAAUACCUUUUUGUUUGCCGUUCUUAUUCUUUUUGCUGAAUUUGUCUUGAUUAAAAUCUAAUAAAUCAAUUAUUAAAGUAAA